AUGACAUCUGUACAGCAGCUCUUCUCGCUCGAGGGCCAAACUGCCCUCGUAACAGGUGGCACGCGAGGAAUUGGUUCGUCAAUGGCCAUCGCCCUCGCAGAAGCAGGAGCGGAUAUCCUCCUCGUCCAACGCGAUACCAGCAACCAAACUACCAAACAAAAGAUCGAGUCCCUCGGCCGCAAAGCCACAAUCUACACUGCAGACCUCUCCUCCAAAUCCUCCAUCACCGCCCUCAUCCCCAGCAUCCUUUCCGACGGCCACAGAAUACACAUCCUGCUCAACUGCGGCGGCAUCCAAAAGCGGCAUCCCGCGCACCAAUUCCCAGAUGAGGACUGGGACGCCGUGCUCCAAGUAAAUCUGACUUCUGUCUUUCAACUCUGCCGCGACGUAGGCGCACACAUGCUCAGCCAACCCGCGGACCUUCCCCUAGGUCGCCGCGGAAGCAUCAUAAACGUGGCUUCGUUGCUCACGUUCCAGGGCGGCAUUACAGUACCAGCAUAUGCCGCGAGUAAAGGUGGUGUGGGACAACUUACCAAGGCGUUGAGCAACGAGUGGGCGAGUAAGGGGGUCAGUGUGAAUGCGAUUGCCCCUGGGUAUAUUGCUACGGAUAUGAACGAGGCGUUGAUCAAGGACGAGAAGAGAGCGGAGAGUAUCCUCAGUCGUAUUCCGGCAGGAAGGUGGGGAGCGCCGGAGGAUUUCAAGGGCGCGGUAGUUUUCUUGGGAAGUGCGGCAAGUGCCUAUGUGAGCGGAGAGGUGCUUACUGUUGAUGGUGGGUGGAUGGGUAGGUAG